CCCAGAAUGGAAUCAGAAAAACGCCAUGCUACAAAGACAUCAAAACGUGUUUAGAGAAGGAUUGGGAGAAUGUACGAAAGCCAAAGCACUGUUAACUCUAAAACCUGAAGUUGCUCCCGUUUUUCGACCUAAAAGACCCGUACCCUAUGCUGCUCUACCAGUGGUUGAACAAGAACUAGAACGACUUCAGAAAUUAGGUGUCAUUGAACCAGUGAAUUUCUCAGAAUGGGCCGCACCGAUAGUAGUAGUAAAGAAGACUAAUGGUAGCGUCCGUUUAUGUGCCGAUUACUCAACCGGGUUGAAUGAAGCCUUAGAAACUCAUCAGUAUCCAUUACCCUUACCUGAAGAUCUUUUUGCUAAACUGAACGGAGGUAAGCUUUUUGCAAAGUUGGAUUUAUCAGAAGCUUAUUUACAAAUCCCUGUUGCUGACGAGUCUAAAAACCUGCUUACCAUAAACACACACAAGGGUCUAUUCCGGUAUAAUCGAUUACCCUUUGGAGUCAAGACGGCCCCAUCCAUAUUUCAGCAAAUAAUGGAUACUAUGCUACAAGAUGUUUCAGGUGCUGCAGCUUACUUAGAUGAUAUAAUAAUCAUGGGAGUAGAUAGAUUAGACUUAGAAAAGAAGCUUGACCACGUGCUGACACGAAUAGCCGAAUAUGGACUGCGACUUCGUCCAGAAAAAUGUGACUUCUGUAUGCAAAAAGUACGCUACCUUGGGUUUAUAAUCGAUAAAGAUGGAAGAAGACCAGAUCCGGAGAAUACUCAGGCAGUGAAAACUAUGCCCAGACCGACGGAUGUCCCCACACUACGAUCCUUCUUGGGACUAGUUAGCCAUUAUGGAGCUUUUAUUCCAAAUCUUCAUCAAUUACGUGCCCCCCUGAAUAACCUUCUGGUGAAGAAUGUAAAAUGGAGUUGGUCUGCAACUUGCCAAGCCGCUUUCGAUGAAAUCAAGAAAGUACUAGUCUCGGAUCUGCUGCUCACCCAUUACGAUCCAUCCUUACCCAUUGUAGUGGCAUCAGACGCAUCAAACUACGGCAUAGGAGCAGUUAUUUCUCACAUCAUGCCAGAUGGAUCCGAGAAAGCGAUAUCACAUGCGGCUAGAUCGUUAACGUCAGCAGAACGUAACUAUAGUCAGAUCGAGAAGGAAGCAUUGUCGAUUAUCUUCGCUGUCAAGAAAUUUCACAAGAUGAUAUUUGGACGUCAGUUCACCCUAUUAACUGACCAUAAACCAUUACUAGCCAUCUUUGGGUCGAAGAAAGGUAUACCUGUAUACACCGCAAACAGACUGCAACGAUGGGCAAUCACACUUCUGGGUUAUGACUUCAAGAUCAAGUACCAGCCCACUACUGACUUUGGACAAGCUGACGCUUUAUCUAGACUGAUUGGUUCACAAGUAAAACAGAAAGAAGACACUUUGGUGGCAGCAAUCGAGACUGAAACAGAAGUACAUCGAGUUUUGGAAGACGCAGUUGAUGGUUUACCGGUUACUUUCAAGGCCAUUAAAGAAGCCACGAAAAAUGACAAGACUUUAAGAGAGGUUAGUGGUUAUCUUCUCAACAAGUGGCCGAACCGUCGUUUUCAAGGAGAAAUGCUACAAUAUUUUCGCCGACGGGACUCACUUAUGAUGGUCGACUCAUGUAUUAUGUUUGGCGACAGAAUUAUUGUUCCAGAAGUAUUACGCUACAAGGUUCUGAAACAAUUCCACAGCGGUCAUCCUGGCAUCAAUAAGAUGAAAGCAUUGGCUCGAAGCUACGCAUACUGGCCUACGAUGGAUCAAGAUAUCGAAAACAGAUGCCGCAAUUGUUCAUCGUGCCUACAAGCAGCCAAAAGUCCAAGCAAGUGUGAACCGCAACAAUGGGAAAAGCCGAAUAGUCCCUGGGAGAGGCUGCAUGCAGACUUCGCCGGUCCAAUACGAGGAAGAAUGUAUCUAAUCAUAGUAGACGCGUUCACAAAAUGGCCACAAAUCUACGCCAUGGUGAAUUGCACAGCCGGUGAAACAAUCAGCAAAUUAUCCGACCUGUUUAGCUGUUUUGGAGUUCCGCAGACGUUAGUGACCGAUAACGGUUCACAAUUCACUGCAGAAUCAUUCAAGCACUUCUGCAACGUUAAUGGCAUUGUGCACAUACGAUCUCCCCCGUAUCACCCUCAAUCGAAUGGCCAGGCAGAGCGCUUCGUGGAUACAUUGAAGAGAGCACUUCUGAAAGGGGGAGGAGAAGGGACAACCGGGCAGGUGAUCGCAAAAUUUUUAACAUCCUACAGAUCCACUCCGAACCCGAAUGUUCCAGACGGCAAAUCUCCCGCGGAAGCCAUGUUUGGGAGGCGCAUUCGAACCAUCUUCGAUGCCAUGUUGCCAUCCAAAUUAGUGGAUGAGCGCAGUCACGGUCCAAGUAUCCGAAACUUCAGUGUUGGUGACAAAGUUUACAUCAAGUCCUACAUCGGGAAGAACCGAUGGGAGCCGGGCGAAGUAGUGAAAAAACUGGGAAGAGUACUGUACAGAGUUCGAGGAGCUUUUGGGACAUGUAUACGUCAUACAAAUCAAAUCCUUAAGGAUAAAAGAACGGUGCAGACUCGAAGUAACCGGCCGAUUUUCCCGUUAGAUUCAAUCUUAGACGCACCAACGCCACAAACGCCCAGGAACAGUGAAAAGAAGCCUUGGACAAGGGAAACGACAAGAAUAAUGGGGCGCCGUCGCUGUCCAGUCGUCAAAAUACAAUUAGAUCCCAGAAAGAAAUCUUAUUCGGGGGAGGUGUUGGGUCGGCUUCCAGAGAACUUCAACGGAGCCUCCAGAGGCCCAAAAGGAGCCGAAGAGUCCUAGCCAAUCAGAGUGUGAUGGAACGUUCCAGAAUUCCAACGUGGCGUGCUACUAUUGGUCGGUAGCAUAAUGUGUUGUUAUCGGAUUGGCUGUAAAUUGAUGUUGAUUUAACAGACGCCAAAAUCUAUAAAUACCCAUGAUUUUCUGUACAAAAAUGAACCUUGGAAUAAAGUGCUUUCUCUCGUUCUUGUGUCUUCUCUCUGGAGUUCAAGUCGCUGU